CGGACCGCGCGUCAGGCCCCGCCUCGGCGCCCAGGCCCGACCGGAUCUCCGCCGCCGCCCGCACCGCCGGCGAGAUGUGCGCCUCGGCGCUGUCGCUGGAGCAGCUGCGCGGCCUCACCGAGCUGCCGGAGCUGGAGGCGGCCUACGGGCGCCUGUGCCGCGAGGAGGGCGAGACGCGGGCAGAGCUGGAGCUGCUGCUGGAGCAGCGCGGCACCCUGGAGGGGAAAGUGGCGGCGCUGCACCGGAUGGGCCCCAACCUGCAGCUGAUCGAGGGGGACGCGCAGCAGCUGGGGGGCACCAUCGCCUUCACCUGCCGCCUGGCCGAGAACGUCAGCAGCAAGGUCCGCCAGCUGGACCUGGCCAAGAACCGCCUCUACCAGGCCAUCCAGAGAUCAGAUGAUAUUUUGGACCUGAAGUUCUGCACCGAUGGUGUCCAGGCAGCCCUGAGAAGUGAAGACUAUGAGCAAGCGGCAGCUCAUGUCCACCGCUACCUCUCUUUGGACAAGUCGGUCAUUGAGCUGAGCAGGCAGGGCCAGGAGGGCACCAUAACUGAUGCCAACUUGAAGCUCCUGCAAGAAGCAGAACAGCAGCUCAAGACAAUUGUUACUGAAAAAUUUGAUGUUGCCAUGAAGCAGGAAGACAUGCUUCAAGUGGAACGCUUCUUCAAGAUCUUUCCCCUGCUGGGCCUGCAUGAUGAGGGGCUGAGUAACUUCUCCAGAUACCUUUGCAAGCAGGUUGCUAACAAAGCAGAGGAGAAUUUACAGUUAGCGUUACGGACUGACCCAACAGACCGGCGAUAUGCAGUCCUGUUUGCAGACACGCUGACGCUCCUUUUUGAAGGGAUUGCACGUAUUGUGGAGACCCACCAGCCCAUUGUGGAGACGUACUAUGGACCUGGCAGGCUUUAUGCUUUGAUCAAGCAUCUGCAGGCGGAAUGUGACCAGCAGGUGGAGAAGGUGGUGGAGAAGUUCAUCCAGCAGAGAGACUAUCGUAGGCAGCUGCAUGCCGGGCUGUGUCGAGACAAGAAAGGUGGCCGAGGGUUCUUGCUUCCAAGGCAUUUGACAGCCUGCAGAGCUCUGCCUUUCCCAGAGCUGGACCUGCCACUUCCAGCCCUGUCAUUCCAGCAUGUUCAGAGCAGCGCGAUGAGGAGUGUGGCGGGAGAAAAGAUCGAACCAAGGGAGCUUGACCCUAUUUUAACCGAAGUCACUUUGAUGAAUGCCCGCAGCGAACUCUACUUGAGAUUCAUCAGGAGGCGCAUCACCUCUGACUUUGAGGUGGGAGAUUCUGUGGCCUCUGAGGAGGUGAAGCAAGCUCCAUCAGGGCAGAUCCAUCCUUCGUUUCUUUCUUUGAACCUGGGCAGCGUCUCUCCCCCCUUUCCUCAAGAGCACCAGAAGUGCCUGGACAAACUGCUUCACAAUUGCUUUCUGAGCUGUGCCAUGCAAGAGUUGAUUGGCUACUAUAUCACCAUGGAAGAAUACUUUAUGAGAGAGACUGUGAAUAAGGCUGUGGCCAUGGACACCUGUGAGAAGGGUCAGCUAACCUCAAGCAUGGUGGAUGAUGUUUUCUACAUUGUGAAGAAAUGCAUCGGGAGGGCUCUUUCCAGUUCCAGCAUCGACUGUCUCUGUGCCAUGAUCAACCAUUCCAUCACUGAGCUUGAGUCAGAGUUCAGGGAGAUCCUGGGCCACAAGCUGCGGAUGGGCUUCCCGGCCACCCCUUUCCAGGAUUUCCAGAGGGGAGUGACCAGUGCCGUGAGCCUCAUGCAGAGCAGCCUGCAGCAGGGGAAGUUCGACCCUAAAGGCAUCGAGAGCACUGAUGAGGCUAAGCAAUCCUUCCUGGUGACUUUAAACAACGUGGAGGCCUGCAGCGAGAACAUAAUGACACUGAAGAAGACCCUGGAGAGCGACUGUUCGGAGCUCCUCAGCCAGGGCUUUGGAGGAGAGCAGGCUCGGCUCAAGCUGGAGAGCUGCCUUUCGGACAUGGACACCGUCUCCAGCAAAUUUCGUGACCUGCUGCAGGAAGGCCUGAAUGAACUCACCAGCUCAGCAGUCAAACCGCAUGUGAAGCCCUGCAUUAACCUCUUCCUGUCUGUAUCCCACAACAUCGAGGAGGAAGAGUUUAACGACUAUGAAGCCAACGACCCCUGGGUGCAGCAGUUCAUUCUUAACCUGGAGCAGCAGAUGGUGGAGUUCAAGGCAGGACUGUCCCCUGUGAUCUACGAUAGCCUCACCAGCCUGAUGACCAGUCUAGUUGCUCUGGAGCUGGAGAAGGUUGUUCUCAAGUCCACCUUCAGUCGGCUUGGCGGGCUGCAGUUUGACAAAGAACUGAGGUCCCUGAUAGCCUACCUGACUACAGUCACCACCUGGACCAUUCGUGACAAGUUUGCCCGGCUCUCCCAGAUGGCGACCAUUCUCAAUCUGGAAAGGGUAACGGAGAUCCUGGAUUACUGGGGACCCAAUUCGGGCCCUCUGACGUGGUGCCUGACGCCAGCAGAGGUCCGCCAAGUGCUGGCCCUCCGGAUGGAUUUUCGCAAUGAAGACAUCAAACGGCUGCGCCUGUAGCCAUCAGAGAGGAGCUUCCUUUUUUAAAAAUGUGUUGCCUCUUCCUGCCAGGAGUGGCUACUAAAGCAGAUAGAAGCUCAGCCGCUCACCUUUUUGCUAGGAAAAAUGGGACGCUGUUUUGUUGAAAAGUGGAAGUAGGAACAUUUUCCUCUCAGCAACCUCAACUAAGUUUAGGCCUCUUACUUAGCUGCGUUUGUGCAAGAUGGUUGCCCAGCAUCCCGGGCUUGGGACGGGCUGUCAAUUCAUGGCAGCCUCCUAGAAAAAAGGUUCCCUGGACCACGAUUAAAGGGCCCCGUCCUCUUGGGGUUUGGCCCAGGGCUUGGCUCUCGGCUGUGGUUGGUGAGUUUGGCCUGAGCUUUGGCCAGAGCGGCCUCCUGGAACCUUUCAUGGGUGCCGGGACUCAAGAGGCCAACACGGAGAUGACCAAAUCAGCUGACAGACCCAAAGGAAUUUAAAAUAAACAUGCUAAUACCAUAA